AUGCCUACCGCGGCCCCCUCCAAUAUGAACAGUAACAAUUCUCCCCCAGCUCACUUGUUUGUUGUGAGACAUGGAAGCCGGCUUGAUGCCGCCGACAAGUCGUGGCAUCUGACAUCCCCCACGCCAUACGAUCCUCCCCUAACCUACGGUGGAUUCUUGCAAGCCAGACAGGUUGGCAACCAGAUAGCCAGUCUCUUGAGGCAAGCGAGAGCCGACGAACAAACAUACAGUACCUCCAAUGGAUCCAAGAAGCGCAAGCGCUUCAGGGUCGUCAUUCACAGCUCCCCUUUCCUUCGAUGCGUACAAACCUCCAUCGGCAUCAGCUCAGGCCUUGCGCAGGCUUUUCCCGAUUCCGCCCACGGCCCUGUCGACUUGAUCGUCCCUCAAGCAGCAUCGCAGUCCCGACCAGACAUUCACUUCAAGUCGACUCUCUUGCGGCUCGAUUCAUUCUUGGGAGAAUGGCUGUCGCCAGAAUAUUUCGAAAUGAUUACCCCCCCGCCUGGCCCUGGCCUGAUGCUUGGCGGGGCAAAGGCAGAGCUUUUGAGACGCGAAGACUAUAGCUUCUACGCAAACGUUGCCAAGCCACAGCCGCAGCGAACUUCAUCGGGGUCCCUCUGGCAAUCGCCCGCUUCGAGUCCAUCCCAUGCGCCAGCCUCGCCGUCCGCUUCAGACGGCGAGGGAUCCAUCGAUGUCUCAGCACUAGGGCCUGCCCUCCCUGGUCAACCAGACCUGAAGGAAGGGUACAUGCCUCCGCGACCGUUGUACGCCGUGUCCAGUUCGGGCAGUAUACCGGAAGGCUUCGUAGCGCAUGCCAGAGAUGCCUGUGUGUCUGUAGACUAUCAAUGGGACUCGAUGCGGCCGCCAUUUGAUUUUGGAGACGGGGGCAAGCUCGGCGAGGAAUGGGCCUCGAUGCACAAGAGGUUUCGCGGCGGCGUCAAGAGACUGAUUAACUGGUACGCGUCCACCGACUCGCCUGCUGAUGUGAUGGGAAGCUCGUCAGGCGUUGAAAAGGCCACACAUUUCAGGGACUCGGAUGGGGAGGUGGAAACGGUGGUCAUCAUGGUUUCCCACGGUGCGGGCUGCAACGCGUUGAUAGGCGCAAUCACCCACCAACCCGUGCUGAUGGAUAUAGGUGUUGCCUCCAUCACCAUGGCCUCGAGGAAGCAAAACUUGGACUAUGCUGCGCUGCUUGCCUCGACGCCGUCACCAGCCGAUGCUUCCAAGAAGAAGAAGAUCUUGGUGCCCGUGGACAAGAUGUACGACAUUCGGCUCUCCGCGAGCACAGAGCAUUUACGGCGUUCGAACACCACAACGCCCGUCUUCACCAGGUCAGCAUCCACGGCCGGCACCCGGAACACAAUGGCCGCCGCCGCCGGCGCCCCCCGCGGCCGCACGUCGACAAUGGGUGGGCCAGUCAUGAGCCCAUUCACCUAUUCGGACCCCUUUUCACCUGCCGGAAGCAGAAGCACCUCGACCAGCGCCAUUGAUCCGCCCAAUAUCGCGCGGCGGGAAACGGCAUCUCACCGACCUUUGCCGCGAGGUACGGCUCUUGCAUCGGUGGGGUUUGGCAAAGCAGCUGCUGGUUGGUCGAAGCCGGGCAAUCCGUCCACCACUGGACCAGCUUCGACCAUUGGGCUGUGGUCGGCGGGACCAUCAUCUUUACGGCUCAUGGACGACGGCAGUGACGACACGGACGAGUUUGACACCAUGCUCCCAGACUUUGACCGGAAGAGAUUCGACGUGGGUUUGCGAACCAAGGACAAGAGACGAGGCAAUCUGUCGCUCGAGUCAAUCUGCUCAUCCGCAACGGAUGACGAUGCACCGGUCUUUCCGGAUUUCCCUCAACCAGGCGGCACGCCCCUGCACAACUCGGCAACUGCGCCCAUGUUGGCCGGCCCAAUCAAGCUCCACACCAAGCUGGGCCUGGACAAUACCGUCGAGGAGAUCAAGGCGACGCAGCUUGGCGCCGGUGUGGGAGGGCUCUGGGGAAUCCCGCCUCCGCUGGAUGAAGCGGAGCGGUUCAGAGACUUGAGCCAAACCAAGCGACGUUGGACGGUGAAUGAACGUGCCUGA